UGGCAAUGUCUCCUUGGGCCAGGCUCCUCUCCAGCACCUCCAGGGUCAGCCUGCUGCUGCUGCUGGGCUCUGUGCUCCUCUCCUGCUCCAGCCUGGGACAGAGAGUGCCUGAGUUUGCCCUUACAAAAAUAGAAGAGAGCGACAUAAAAGAUGACAGUGGGAAGGAGCUGGGGACAGAGGAUGACGCUGAUCCUGAAGUCCUGGAAGUGUUUUACCCCACGGGUCAGUGGCAAACCCUGCGUCCAGGUUCUCAAUUCUCCUGGUCAGCUGCCUUGUUCUUCUCUGCCUACAUCCUGUAUUGAUCUUCUCUGAACGUAGCCAAGCCUUCAGCAUCCCAGAUGGGCUUUCUGGAGUAACAAAUAGACCUGAGGAAUGACAAUUAUUGAAUGGAUUGUAGCAUUGGCUUGGGGAUAAAUAUUGUAGGGAGUUGGAAAGGGAUUAAAACUGGCAUUUGUAAGU